AUGUGGGAUGGAGGGGAGAGGAUAAAGCUAGGAAAUAUUGCUGUCCACGACGAUGAAGGUUGGGAUCCUCCUGUCAUUUACAUGCUUGGCAGUCAUGAUAUAUUCAGGUUUCUGCAACAACUAUUUAGGGGAUCUGGAAGUGGGAAGAUUAUGAGGAGGUCUGGGAAACAACAUUUGUCUAGAAAGAAGAAUGUUAAGAGAAGAUUGAGGUUGUCCAAAAUGGCUGAGGUGUUCUUGGCUAUUACUGUGCCCAUUCAAUUCAAGGAUGUUGGUUUAAGAAGAAUGGUUAACUUGAUGAUGAAGGAGUUGUCCCCCUCUGCUGAUGAGGACAUGAUAGAAGCAUUGAUGGGCCACUACACACAAAUUAAGGGAUACUUAAAAAGGGCUAUUGUUGAUAAAAAUAUGGUUGUUGCUACCGCUGCCCUUAGUGCUAUCCAUUUGCUGCUGGUAUGUGAAACUGUUUUGGAAUAG